AUGUCGCCUUCCGCUGAGGAUGCAGCAUCGCAAUGGCUGGAGCAGCUGGCGACGAUGCGCGCUGCCAUUGCCGACAUGAAGCUAUCGGCGACCAGCGGUGAAAGUGAUGAUGCGGGAUGGGCUACCGACUUGGACAUUGACGACGACGAGCUUUCGCCCGGCUCUGGAAGCGAUGACAUUUGGGACUUGAUCAGCGACGACGACGUGGACGAGUUCAGCGAGGAGAGCUUGGACGGUCCAUCCAAUGCUCCGCAAGCUGUAGAUGAACAAGCAAAAGAUGGGUCGCGGGACUGGCUGAAGCUGCGAUGUGCGCAGAUUGGAAGCACAGGUGGUGGAUUGGAUGCCGCAGCGCUCGAGGAGCAAAUUGUCGCCGUUCUGGCCUCGGACAGCGGCGACGACGAACUCCAGAUGACGCUGGCAGACAUUCUCGGCUUCGACGAGCUUGAUCUGGUCUCUGAUAUACUGAAGCAUCGCAAGUCGAUACUCGUUGAAGCUCCUGCUCGGCCUUCUGGUUUGCUGUCACGUGCUGAGCGAGAUGCUAGGCUUCGACAAGCAGACCAAGAUCAUAAAAAGGCCUCCUUGGCACCAGCGCAGAGUCGCUCCGCUGCCGAAUACCCACAUGUCUACCGUGCACAUGGCGCGGGGAACACAAUUUCUGCUUCGGGUUCCAAGUACUCUCUACCGGUGGGGAGUCAGCGCUUGGAGCGAGAGAAGUACGAAGAAUACAGCAUCCCAGCUGCUGCAGUUGGUACUUUGGGGAAAGGUCGAAGCCUUGUUGAGAUCAACCAAAUGGACGGUCUCUGCAAGCGCACUUUCCGAGGCUACAAGACUCUGAAUCGUAUGCAGAGUCUGGUAUAUCCCGUGGCAUACAACACCAGUGAGAACAUGCUCAUAUGUGCUCCAACUGGUGCCGGUAAGACAGACGCGGCUAUGCUUACUGUUCUCAAUACCGUCGCAAAGAACAUUCAUCCCAACCCGAUCGAAUUUCCAGAUGCAACCGACUUCACCGUGCACACCGAUGACUUCAAGAUCGUUUAUGUGGCUCCAAUGAAGGCUCUUGCAGCUGAAAUCACAGACAAGCUCGGCAAAAGACUGGCGUGGCUAGGCAUCCAAGUUCGAGAGUUGACUGGAGAUAUGCAGCUCACCAAGGCCGAGAUCGUUCAAACUCAGAUAAUUGUGACCACCCCAGAGAAGUGGGAUGUGGUCACGCGCAAGUCCACUGGCGAUACCGAGCUAGUGCAGAAAGUCCGUCUACUGAUCAUCGAUGAGGUCCAUAUGCUUCACGACGAGCGUGGCGCUGUUCUGGAGUCGCUGGUCGCCAGAACAGAGCGACAAGUCGAAAGCACGCAAUCUCUGAUUCGCAUCGUUGGGCUAAGUGCAACUCUUCCAAACUAUGUUGAUGUCGCAGACUUCCUCAAGGUCAACCGCAUGGCUGGUCUUUUCUACUUUGACCAAUCUUUCCGCCCUGUUCCGCUGCAGCAGCACUUUCUCGGAGUCAGGGGCAAACCCGGCACCAAAGCCAGUCGGGAGAACAUUGACAACACUGCUUUUGAAAAGGUCAAAGAUAUGCUUGAAUUAGGGCAUCAAGUCAUGGUUUUCGUGCACAGCCGGAAAGACACCGUCAAGACUGCACGCAUGCUGUAUGAACAGGCUGGUGAGCAGGGUAUGCUUGAUCUCUUUGAUGUAAGCCACCAUGAAGGCUACACCCAGGCACUGAAAGAUGUCAAGCAAUCCAAGGGUCGCGAGAUCCGAGAGUUGGUGCAGAAAGGCAUGGGAACCCAUCACGCCGGUAUGCCACGGUCGGAUCGUAACAUGAUUGAACGCAUGUUUGGCGAGGGUGUGCUCAAGGUGCUCUGCUGUACGGCGACUUUGGCAUGGGGAGUGAAUUUGCCCGCCGCGGCGGUCAUCAUCAAAGGCACGCAGCUGUAUAGCGCGGAGGCAGGAAAGUUUGUCGAUCUGGGUAUUCUUGAUGUCCUCCAGAUCUUCGGUCGCGCUGGUCGUCCGCAAUUCCAAGACACUGGUAUUGGCAUGAUCAUCACCACUCAGGACAAGUUGCAGCACUUCCUCACUGCUGUCACGCAACAACAGCCUAUCGAGUCCCAGUUCAGCAAGAAGAUGGUUGAUAAUCUGAACGCCGAGAUCUCUCUGGGAACUGUGACGAGCGUUCCAGACGCCAUUACAUGGCUGGGAUACUCCUAUUUGUUUGUGCGAAUGAAGAAAAACCCAAUCGCGUACGGCAUCGACUGGUCAGAGAUCGCCAAUGACCCAAACUUAGUCCAGCGAAGGCGUGAGCUCAUCGUCAAAGCUGCGAGGAUUCUACAAACCAGCCAGAUGAUCAUCUUCAACGAGAGCACCGAGGAAUUGCGAGCAAAGGAUGUUGGACGAAUCGCCAGUCAGUUUUACGUGCUGCAAACCAGUAUUGAGAUAUUCAACACCAUGAUGCGCCCAAGAGCAACGGAGGCCGAUGUGUUGAAGAUGAUCAGCAUGAGUGGGGAGUUCGACAACAUCACCAGUCGCGAGAGUGAGGAGAGGGAGCUCAUGCGAUUGAAGGAAGAGUCAGCGCCGUGUGACAUUGAAGGUGGAAUCGGGWCACAGCAAGGCAAGACCAAUGUCUUGCUUCAAUCCUACAUCAGCAAGGCGAAWCUGGAGGACUUCACUCUCGUCUCAGACACCAACUACGUUGCACAGAAUGCUGCGCGCAUAUGUCGGGCCCUGUUUAUGAUCGCUCUUAACCGGCACUGGGGCUACCAAUGCUUGGUUCUGCUCAGCAUGUGCAAGAGCAUCGAAAAGCGCGUUUGGGCGUACGAGCAUCCAUUCCAUCAAUUCGACUUGCCGCAAGCUGUUCUUCGCAAUUUAGACGAGAAGGGCAGCAUUGGUAGCAUUGAAUCGCUACGGGACAUGGAUCAAGCAGAAAUCGGAAGCAUGGUCCACAAUCAAAAGAUGGGAAGCACCAUCGGCAAGCUGCUUGACAACUUCCCCACGGUCGCCGUCGAGGCUGAGAUUGCUCCGUUAAAUCGAGACGUGCUUCGCGUCAAGCUCUUCAUCACGCCUGAAUUCAGAUGGAACGAUCGCCACCAUGGAAAGAGUGAGAGCUACUGGAUCUGGGUUGAAAACUCCGAGACGAGUGAGAUUUACCACCACGAAUUCUUCAUCCUCAGCAGAAGAAAGCUUUACGAYGACCAUGAGCUCAACUUCACCAUCCCACUUUCAGACCCUCUGCCUAGCCAGAUUUAUGUUCGAGCGGUCAGUGAUCGAUGGCUGGGCGCUGAGACCGUAACACCCGUCUCCUUCCAACACCUGAUCCGACCAGACACUGAGAGCGUGUAUACGGAUUUGCUCAAUUUGCAGCCGCUUCCGAUCAAGGCUUUGAAGAACCCUCUACUCGAAGAAAUCUAUGGCCAGCGAUUCCAAUUCUUCAACCCCAUGCAGACCCAGCUCUUCCACUGCAUGUACCACACGCCUGCGAACGUCCUGCUUGGUUCGCCUACAGGUUCGGGCAAGACUAUUGCUUGUGAGCUUGCAAUGUGGUGGGCGUUCCGCGAGAAGCCAGGCAGUAAAGUGGUGUAUAUCGCGCCGAUGAAAGCACUCGUCCGARAGCGAGUGCAAGAUUGGACCAAGCGCUUGACAAGACAGAUGGGUUUGAAGCUUGUGGAAUUGACAGGUGACAACACUCMUGAUACUAGGACCAUCAGAGAUGCGGACAUCAUCGUCACUACGCCCGAGAAAUGGGAUGGUAUCAGUCGUAGCUGGCAAACAAGAAGCUACGUCCAGCAGGUCAGUCUUGUCAUCAUUGACGAGAUCCAUCUGCUCGGUGGAGACCGCGGUCCCAUCCUGGAGAUUAUUGUCAGUCGUAUGAACUACAUUGCCUCGCAGAAGAAGGGCUCCGUUCGGCUUGUGGGAAUGUCCACGGCCUGCGCCAAUGCCAUGGAUCUUGGGAAUUGGCUAGGUGUGAAGGAGGGACUCUUCAACUUCCGUCACUCUGUUCGUCCCGUUCCUCUGGAAAUCUUUAUUGAUGGUUUCCCGCAUCAGCGUGGGUUCUGUCCCUUGAUGCAGAGCAUGAACCGUCCUACCUUUUUGGCAAUCAAGGCACAUUCGCCGGAAAAGCCAGUCAUUGUAUUCGUGGCCAGUCGAAGACAGACAAGAUUGACUGCCAGAGAUCUGAUCAACUUAUGCGGAAUGGAGGAUAACCCAAGAAGGUUCAUGAGAAUGUCGGAAGAUGACUUGAAUCUUAAUCUCGCCCGUGUUAAGGAUGACGCGCUGAAAGAGGCUCUCGCAUUCGGUAUCGGGCUUCAUCAUGCCGGUCUUGUGGAAUCCGAUCGAUCACUCGCUGAGGAGCUGUUCGCCAACAACAAGAUACAGAUUCUCGUCGCCACGAGUACACUGGCCUGGGGUGUCAACUUGCCUGCACAUCUUGUAGUCGUGAAGGGAACACAGUUCUUCGACGCCAAGAUUGAGGGAUACCGGGACAUGGAUCUGACUGAUGUGCUGCAGAUGCUGGGACGAGCAGGUAGACCACAGUUCGACACUUCUGGUAUCGCUCGCAUCUUCACGCAAGACGCAAAGAAGGCGUUCUACAAGCACUUCCUGCACACAGGAUUUCCAGUCGAGUCAUCGCUGCACAAUGUCUUGGACAACCACUUGGGUGCCGAAGUCUCAGCAGAGACCAUCGCCACCAAGCAGGAUGCUUUGGACUAUCUUACAUGGACCUUCUUCUUUCGGCGCUUGCACAAGAAUCCAUCAUACUACGGUCUUCAGAUCUCCGCCGAAGAGAACAACACCAUUGCGGCACAGCAAGCUGCCAACGACUACAUGAUCGAAAUGGUAGACAAAUCUCUGGCCGAGCUAGAGGAGUCAAAGUGCAUCGCCAUCCACACCAAUGGUGACGUGGAUCCGACUCCACUGGGUAAGAUCAUGAGUUACUACUAUCUCGCUCAUAAGACUAUCCGUUCCCUCGUUCAGCAUGCGAAGCCAACCGCCACAUUCGAAGACGUUCUAUCGUGGAUGAGUCGAGCGACUGAGUAUGACGAGCUUCCUGUUCGCCAUAAUGAGGACCUGAUCAAUGCAGAACUUUCCAACAACCUUCCAUUGAAAGCCGACACUGCAUUCCCAGACCUACCAAUGUGGGAUCCUCACAUCAAAGCCCAAUUGCUCCUCCAGGCACAUUUCUCCCGCAUUGACCUGCCAAUCAGCGAUUACGUGGGAGAUCAAAACUCAGUGUUGGACCAGGCCAUUCGUAUCGUUCAAGCCAGCAUAGAUGUCCUCACUGAGAUGGGACAUUUGCAGAGCGUCAAGCAAAUGAUUGCUCUGCUGCAAUGCGUCAAGUCUGCACGCUGGCCCGAAGAUGGACCAAUGGCAAUUCUCCCUGGCGUCGAUGUCGAGAAGGAGAAGAAGAGAAUCGCCGGAGAAAAUACGCAGCUGAAGAAUCUGGUAGAGGUUUGCUCUGGACCUCGUCCUGCCAUAGAAGGGGUGUUGCGAUCGCUUGGUGUUCCCAACGUCUCGCACGCGAAGAUCUUCAAAGUGCUGUCCCAACUUCCGCAGCUACGCGUCGAAGCACAAGAURUGAAUGCUUUGGGUCUCGUCGUCCAUUUGACAAGACAGAACCCAGCGAUGGAUCGCGAGCAUAGAAUCUAUGCGCCUCGCUACCCGAAACCGCAAACGGAAGGGUACUUUGUGCUUGUUUCCGAUGCUGCAAAGGGUGAUAUUUUGGCAUUGAAGAGAGUUGGUUGGCAGCCUGCCAAUAAGGGCGGCAAUGCUAGUCGGCCAACCACGAGGGCUAUGAUCAAACUACCACCCGGCGACGGUGAGAGAAUGGUCAGAGUCGAUGUCCUCAGUGACAGUUAUAUUGGCAUGGAGUGGACAUUAUCCGAGGUGGAGAUCCCAGCACCACCAAAGGUUGUUGAUGAUGGAGGGAAGAAGCCAGCACCUCAAGCGAAGGUGUAG